UUCAUCGAUACCGCGGCGCGGGAAUUAAACCGCUGAUUCAAGACUUUUACCCUGUGGCGUGUGUGUACAUGUGAACAAGGUGUGUAUUUUUUAUUUGGAUAAAUAUUUCAAAAUCAAAAAAUGUAAGUACAAAUUCUACAAUUAUUGUUUCUUGGUUUUUAGCCUUUUUUUUUUUUAGUAAAAAUGGUUUCCGAGUCUAGCGAUUCCGAAAAUGAAAUUUCGAACAAGGAGUUACUCAAAAAAAUUAAAAAACUAGAACGGAAAAUUCAUAAAAAGAAACGUAGACACAGACAGCGUUCAGGGUCAAAUGAUCGCAGAUCAUUUGACCGUAGAUCCGUAUUUGAACGUAGAUCAAGAACCAGAUCAAGGUCUAGAUCGAACAGCCUAAGGCGACAAAGAGAUAAUCGUAGCCGGAGAGGCUCGAUGUCUCGACAAAAUAGUGAAGAUCGAAUCUCUCAAGGUUCGGCGAAUCACAUUCUUGAAUUGGAUGAUCACAGUCUGCGAGAUGUGACUUCCAUUGAACCCCCUAACCUUACUGAACCUAGACCUGCGUCGCCAGAAUUAGAAAUUCAUAACGAUGUGGAUAUAUCAGAUGACCUUAUAAAGAUCUUAGGAAAGGAUCCAGAGCAAAAUCCUGAGGCAAAUGCUGUACUUCAUCCAGCCUUAACUUCUAGAUGGAGCCAUCUCUUAAUAAAUGGUUUAGAGAAGGAAGAAAAGCUUACGUUGCUAAACAAAUAUGUGCUUCCUUCUAAUUGUGAAGCGAUGGCUCCACCGGAAGUUAACCCAGAAAUAUUAAAUAUUCUGUCUAAUUCUAAUUCUAAUAGGGAUAAAAAUUUACAAGGCCAACAAACCCAGCUAUCCAAAGGUCUAGUUGCCCUUUCAAAGGGAAUGGAGGUUAUAUUGGCAGAUAAAGAGAUUCCAAAGGGAAUAAAAGAAACUCUUCUAGAGUACUUAAGCGAUUCUGGGCGCAUAUUGACGGACUUACAAUACAAUAUAACAAUGGUUAGACGCAAUCUAAUAACCCCUAGCUUAAGUAAAUCUGUCAAGGAGGCUGUGGAAAAAACCAAACCAUUAAAUUUUCUGUUUGGCUCAGACCUGACAGAAAAGGUUAAAGAGGCAAAAUCAUUGGAAAGGACAAGUAAAGAUCUAAGAUUGAUACCCACAACAUCCCAAAGUAAAGUACAAUAUACACCCACAGCCUAUAAUAAUAAAUACCCCAAGAAAAGGGGGGGGGGUCAACAUCACUAGCCGCAAUACUAACACCGGUCCUUUAAACAGGGCUCGCCCAUCCUAUCGACGACGAGAGCCGAUGGGAUCACAAAAGGGACACUUCUCGAACCCAGAUUUUCCGAACCGACAAUACAGAAAGAGGAAAUAAACAGAUCAACAUCCCCUUGCAAAAAGCCUUAUCCUGGUGGCUGCGAAAUUAUCACCGAGGGAUUUAAGCAAAAGCAAAUACCUGAAUGUGCAAUAAAUACAAUGUUAAAAUCAAUAACUCCAUCGACAAUAAAACA